AUGUCAGGAUUCAUAGAGAGUACAUUAUUAGGAUUUGGUCAAGAUUAUGUUCAAGAUGAAUUACAAACUUAUGCAGAGGAACAUUUCCAACCAGUUCGUGAUCCAUACUAUACUAAGGAUGUCAAGACAGGUGAAGAACAUCGAUUGAAAUUAUCACCUGAUUUAUUCCCUGAUAAGAAAGAUCGUAAGAAUUUUAAAUCAUUACAGAAUGAAGCUUGGAAUCAUGAUCGUAGUAUAUUUGGAUGUUGUUGUUGGACUUCUACUAUUGGAUGGGGUCCCAUGUUAUCAAUUAUCCCUGUCAUUGGACCUGCAUUAAUGUAUUGGAUUCAUAGUAAACUAAUUGAUGAUGCAGAUAAAAAAUUCCAUUUGAGUACUGAAUUGAAGUUGAAAAUGAAUGGUAAUAUUUUUGUUGAUCUUUGUAUUAGUUUAGUCCCCAUUGCGGGUGUUAUUCUUGCAUGGAUGCAUGCAUGUUCAACAAGAAAUUGUGCUUUAGUUUAUAAUUUUAUUGUUAAGAGACAAGUGGAAAAAAUCAAUUUGGAGAAGAAACAACAAUUUCAACAAUUGCAGAAUGAAAAACGAUUAAGAGAACAAGAGGAAAGGAUACAAAGGGUUCAUCAAGAAACAUACAAUAAUCAGAAUAAUCAGAAUAAUAACGGGCUUGUAUCAUCACAAACGCCUAGUAGGCCAGCUCAAGUGGCAUAUAGAUCUGAAUAUUCUCAACAAAGAAGGCAUAAAUAA